CAGUCAUUGGCGAAUAUAGGUACCCUGAUACCUAUAGAUGCAGCCAUAUUAUUUUAGAGUUUAGACCUAUGCUACAAAAAUGGCAUUGAGACAAUGGCAAAUAAUAACAUCCUUGUGCUCAUUUCUUCGAAGAAAUAAAAACAAAGAAAUAAGUAAGCUGGGGACUUUAAUUUAAGGUGUUUUUAUCCUGUCAACAGUAUUGAUUCCUGCGUUUUCAGCCGCUAGUUUACUAACUUGAGUUUAGACUUAGACAGUGUUUACCGGGUACCUACCUUUCCUUUUGUCAUUCAGUUAUUGGGAUUGCACAUAUUCUAUUUCCGCCAACUAAGGGUUUACAGGUCCACUGAGUUUCUGUGUAUAAAGUGUAUGAGUAUGAGUUCCUUAUUCUAAGAAGUGUAGUCUAUUAAUUAUAAUUAGGCCUAAGCUAUAAUAAUUAUAUAUAGGUCCUAAUAAUAUUAUUAUUAAGUGCCAUUGGAAUAAGAAGUGCCAAGGCAAAGCCAAAGAAAAAAUAUGAAGCAUCUUCUUUCGUUUUUGUAAAUAUUUCUGACCAUGGUCAUAGUCAUGGUAUUGUCCUGCUUUUUUCCCUUUGAGCUUGCACCUAUAGUAUUGGCAGUAUUGCUUUUCAAUAGGCCAAAGUGUGUUGUGAAAUAUAUGCUAUCAUUUUGAACACAAAUUUCUGCAAUCUUGAUGAUGAUUUUAUAAAUACAUUAGAUUAAUGUUUAAAUUUUAUUCAUAUUUGUGUAACUUUAUAAUACUAAUAAAAGCUGCAUGUUAAUAUUAUUGUAACAUGACAUUUAGUGGUUGUUGACCACAAGUAUAAAUCGUGGUGGAUUAAGACAGACAAGGGAUGAUUUAUAAAAGAUAGGACUAUUUUUGUCUGCCAUAUUGGCGAGCAUGUAAAAUCAGAGUGCUCUUAGAACAUUCAUGAUGUUAUAAUUAUAAUGAUAUAAACCUUUUUUAUAUUUGGGUUGUGGUAACCAUGAAAUUCUAUGAGUUUUUCUCCCAAUUCAUAAAAUUUUUAUAUAACAUUUUUCUCCAGUUUUGUGUGUGUCAUCAAUCAGACAUUUUUCUUCAUCAAAUUCCUGCCACCACUUGAGGCAACUGUACAGUGCAGUCUGUGUGGAGCGCCAUCCUAUAAUCGGCGCCGAGAAAAAUAAAUUAGAACAGCGUUUUGCAGAUCUGAUGGCUCAAUUAGAAUUAGAAAAAAGUUUUUUGUCUGACCAUGAAGUUCGAUUGAUUAAAGAGAAGUCAGUGAAUAAUUUAUGCUUGGUAUUAGUUAUAAUUUUGUUCUUUGUGAUCAUCAUUUAGAGACUUCAGUUUGAAUGUUGGAUUAAUAUUUAAGUUUAAGUCAUGCCAGUUUGUUAGAAUUAAAAAUUUACAUAUUAAAAUUCUAAAAAAGAAUAAUCAAUGUAAUGCUGAAGAACUAGCUUCUAUAUUUCAAUUUUUCUUUGUAUUUUAUUCAGCUAUGUCUAAUACUAAUAUUAUAAAUUCAUUUGAACAUACAUUUUAUCUUCAUUUUUGAAAUCAGGCAAGCUGCUUUGACUGAAAAUGAAAACAAAGAAGAGACUAACAAAGAAACAGAAACUGCUUUGGAUUUGGAGGACAAAUGGGAAGCAGAGUUAAAAUUGUUCACUCCAGCCCCUAGGGAAACUGAAGCUGAUUACAAAAAUGACAGGCAUUCCUUAGAGCGGAAGUUAGACAAAAGUUUAUACUUGCUUGUUAAACAAAAUAUUGAAGGAAAAGACCACUGGAUUUUACCACAAACCACCUGGCGAAAUGGAGAAACUAUGAGACAGGUAAUUGUUUGGGGUUUUUUUAAAAUUAAGAUUAAAAAAAACUAUAAUAUAACUCUUAAAGUUACCUUGUGAAUAUUUAAUGGAAGUGGCGCAUGUGUUGGUUCAUUUACACUGAUUUUUCUCUGGUAGCCCAUACAUAGAACUUCUGAAUAAGAACUGACUGAGCAUUAGUUUGCUAUCAAGCUGGCUGAAUAACUGUAUAAUAUCAGGUGGAAAACAAGCUUGUUAAUCAUUUGUUAAUUCAUUUUAUUUAUAUUCUCUGAUGGGACUAGUUCAGUCAGAAUUUUAAGUAAAUGUACAUCUCAAGGUAUUUUUACUGAGACGUCAUCUAACUUAAAAUGAAUAGAAAAGGGAAAGGUUGUGUAAUAUUGUAAAUAAGAAAGCUAUAUCUAGUGCAGAAAUGGCUGUAAAACCAAUGGUUUGUAUUACCUAUCCACAGUUGAAUGAAAUUCAGUAAAAUAAGCUUUUGUUGUAACUAUAAUGUGACCAGGGAUAUUGUUAGCUUGGUGUUCAUGUAUUUUAUUCAUAAUUCAAUCAUAUAUAACAGUUUUUGUGUUUUAAUACCCUUUAUAAAAACUUUAUAAAUUAUACCCUUAAAUUUCAAUUACUGAACCUUGAUUUUCUUUUCUGGUGAAAAAAGUUAUAAAUGUAUGUAUUUUCAAAUAAGGAUACAUCCAAUAAAAUAUUAUAGUUUUCAUUAUUUUUCUUUAUCUUACACUAGUAAUGACAGGGGGGAUGUGUGUGUGUAUGUAUAGAUAGAUAUAUAUCACAGAAAGUUAAUGAAAGAGUAUGGUCCACAGAUGAAUAACUUAAUCACCAUUUUUAAAAGUCCAAAAGGAGAACACUUUUUAUCUGGGUUUUUCUUAAUUUGCAGACUGCAGAGAGAGCUUUAUCAUCAAUUUGUGGAGAUGUAAAAGUGACUUUCUUGGGAAAUGCACCUUGUGCAUUUGCUAAAUUUGACCCAGACAAGGUAGUAUUUUAUUUAUUUUAAAAUACCUAUGAAAACAAAUGUAGCUUUAAAUUUCUAGUUUAUUUUUAUACCGGUACAGUUCAUUUGAUAAGUUCAUUUGAUAUAAAUGACACAUACUGAGUUACAUUUACACUAAAUUAUAUCUUUAAAUUUACUUAAUGGAAUGUUCUUUAUGGGUUUUAAAAUAUUACAUAUGUUAUUUAAUAUAAUUGAUAUAAACAAAAUUAUUUUAUUGGAUAUGCUUGAAUAUUUUAUUAAUUUGGAUUCAUCAUUCUCCAGAUAUUUUUCUUCAAGGCAUGGUACAGAGAGGGACAGGUGAUCCCAAACAAAGAUUUUGCCAAAGAUUAUUUAUGGGUGACAAGAACUGAGCUCUCUGAGUAUUGCUUUGGUGGUUAUCAUAAACAGAUUAAGAAAUUUAUUCCACCUUUGUGACCCACUUUUUACCAUAACUAAUAUGUUUUCUUUAACCAAAUAAUUGACUUAUGAUUAGUGCAUGUCUUGGAAUGUCCAGCAAUAUUGCAGUAUGGUAAUUAAAUUUUGCACUGUUUCUGUAACUAUUAUUUUAGAUUAACUCUUAAAACUGCAAAAUUGUGAUAUAUCUGAAUAUUAUUCAUGUGUGAUAAAUCAUUUUGGGUAUGUUUGUGUAAGAGUAGCAGUUUUUCAUGUCAAUAAAAAGAAGUUUUAAACACAUGUUUAUUUUCUUAUAUCUUUGAUUCAUAUUCGCUAAAGCAUUAGGAACAGGUUAACUUUAAAAUUACACUUCAUUUAAAACCAAUUAGCAAACACCUUAAAGGGAAACAGUAAAAGUAGCUGCAAAAAAUGUACAAGUACAAAGUUACACAUAGUAAAAUGGAAAUUUAUUAGACAUCAAAUUUUUUUCUCAGAGCUGUUAGAUGA